AUGUUUGAAGCAACGCGGAGCGGCGGCGCGUUGGUGGCGCCCAACCUCGGCGGCACCGUGCGGCCCGCGCUGGUCGGAUCGGACGGCAGAGGCGGCGCCGACAUGGACACCACCUCCCGCGCCGACGCUCGUGCGCGGCGCCUGUCGGAGUUCCGCAUCCCCGACCCCGCGUCGGCGGCCUUCAAGCUCUUCUCCUCCUUUGCCUCCGCCGCCACCCACGCGGCCGCUCGGGCCACCGAGCAGGCCCCAAGCGCGGGCGCCCCUGCGCCGCCGCCGCGGACGCCGCGGCGCACGCGACCGCCCGUUGUGGAAAAGGGCGUCCUGUUCAUCCCUGAGGGCACUUACGUGCUCAAGAAAAAGCUGGACAUCCGGCGCCAGGGCCUGGUCAUCCGCGGCGCCGGCGUCAACAAGACGACGAUCUACAUCCCCGUGUCCCUGACGGACGCUUACGGCAACGACUGGGGGGAGGGGGGCAACCAGGGCGUCUCCCAGUACUCCCACUCCGCCGGGUUCAUCAACUUCUUUGGUUGGGAUCCGAUGGGGCCGUGGAACGCUCUGGCAAACGUCAUGCGGCCGGCGAAGCGCGGGGACACGCGGCUGUACGUGGACAAGGCGGCGGCGAUGGCGCCCAAGGUCGGGCAGUGGGUGCGGUUCGUGAUGGAUGGAGACCUGAAGGGGCUGCUGACAGACAUGAACGACGGCUUCAUGUGCCCUGGCCCCGGCCAGAUGACGUCCAACGCCAUGGGCAAGGCGUACCGCCUGCUCACCCGCGUCACCGCGGUCGGCCCUGACUACGUUGACAUCGAGCGGCCCCUGACAGCCAACGCCAGCCUGAGGUGGGCGCCCAGGUUUCACGCGUUCCAGCCGCAGAUCAGCGGCAACGGGAUCGAGCACCUAACGAUCCAGUUCAAGUGGGACACCUACAAGGGGCAUCUGAAGGAGGACGGCUACAACGCGCUGCACUUCAACCAGCUGGCAAACAGCUGGGUACGCAACGUGCGCAUCGUCGACGCAGAUGCAGGCAUCUACUUCUGGGGUGCGCAGCACUGCACAGUCACAGACCUCGAAAUAUCCUACACCAAGCCGCGAUACACGCCUGCGUGCGCGUGCGGCCGCCAGAACGGCCACCGCGGCGUGUGGAUGGAGCGGGGCAGCGAUAACCUGCUGACGCGGUUCAGGGUGGGGUCGCCCCUGGUCCACGACGUCACGCUGUCUUGGACCGAGAUGCACACAGUGAUCUCCGAGGGUUGGGGCGCAGAUCUCAAUGUAGACCACCACAGGAACUCGCCCUAUGCCAACCUUAUCACGGCGCUUAAUCACGGCCGCGGCGGGCGACCUUGGGAGAGCAGCGGCGCCGGAAGCUAUGGAGCCCACGCGGCCGCGCUGACCACCUUUUGGGGUUCAACUGCACAGCUCGGGUUUUACUACCCACCCCCAGAUGGCACCAAGCGCAGCCCAGGGCUGUUCGGGCCCACGAUCAACUUCCUGUGGAAGUCGCACGACUCCAUGCCCAGCGUUUACAACUGGUGGAGCGAGCCGCUGCUGCCGCGGCUGUGGCCCCGAAACCUGCAUGACGCCAUGCAGCGCUCAAGAAAGACGCGGCUGUCGGCGGCCGCUGCGGUGGCGGCAGCUGCGGACGGCCGGAGGUGA